AUGGAGACCCUAGGCGUAGAUCUAACUGCUGGAUCAGGCCAGCUCUCAACUACUUUAUCAUGGCAUGAGCCUCAUCCUCAUUUCGUGAUCCUUUUCAUCGGCCCCGACGAGGUCGUAUUUGGUAUCCAGAAGGAUCUUCUUUGCGCCCAGUCCCCAUACUUCCGUGACGAACUUGCGAAAGAGGGCAAUAACAAAGUCGAAUAUGUCCUCAAAGUGCCUGAUACGACCGUUGAGAUAUUCGGGUGCUUUCAGAAUUUCAUUUAUACAGGUGAAGUUUAUAAUAGGCGUGGCGGGAAGGACAUGCCCGAGUACACACUUUUGCUCGGCGUUUGGAAGCUCGCGACAAAGCUGCAGAUGGCGCCUUUGCGUGUCGCUGUUUUGGAUAGCAUGGCGGAGCGCCGCCAACGAACCAACAUGAUUCCUGGCAUUGAACUACUGGAAGCUGCCUGGAAGGAAACAGAACAAGGCAGUGGGCUUCGGAAGAUGCUCAUAGAAUGGUCAGCAGAACACAGUGAGUAUUCAAACAUUUCAUUCCUCGGUGUCCAUUCCGUUGAUCUUGUUGAAUACGCCCGUCUCAUUCUGCGGUCCUCUCCUUACGUUCGUAAUGAUUUUGCCCGAUCGCUUCCCAAGGAAAUUCUGAGUGAGCUUGUUAUUGUUAUGAGCGAACUCCCAACAGUGUCCGCCAAAAAGUCUGUAAAGAUGGACCCACCGAUCAGCGCCACCACUCCCUCCAAUCAACCCCUCAAUCACCCCCGCCCAAUCGAUAUGGAUGCCGAACCGCCUCGUCCAACUAAGCGUGCCCGUAAAUCCGAAUCCGGUCCCUUGACUGGCGCUCCAGAUGAAGAAUUUGAAGUCAAGCAUGUCGUCAAGAAGCAAGCUCGCCGCUCUGAACCUGGCCGCCGUAUCAACCGCCGUGCUACCAACCAGACUCCUGGUCCAAAAGAUCCAUCGGAAAUAGAUCCAGAGACGGACAUGAUCUACUGCAAAGAACUUAUUAGCCGUAUGCUCUCAGGCCCCGGCUUCUGGACACGUCUUGUCAGGCCGUUCAAGGACCCCGUCGAUCCCGUCGCCCACAAUUGUCCUCAAUACUUCAACGUUGUCAAGCAUCCAAUAUGCCUGCGCGAGAUCAAGGCCAAAAUGGACAAGGGGGAGUAUGCUAGUUCUGCGGAAUUCGAGGCUGACAUUCGGCUCGUCUUUCAAAAUUGCUUCGAGUACUGGCAGCCACAGGAUCAAGUCUUUAAAGACUGCGAGGCUUUUGAGAAGUACUUCAAUGAUAAAUGGAGCAUGCGUCACAAGUGGACUCCACCAAGCAUCAAGGCCGAGGCCAUUGAACAUCGCCAACGAUAUAAUGGCAGCAAAACACCAACUCGCAACGAUGGGCCAAGCUAUCCAACUCCGCACAACGCCGCUUUUGAAGUUCCCUUCAACCUCAAGAAGCUACCGCAAGAAAUCCGCCUGAAAAUCUUCGCGCACGACCUGGUACACUACCCCUCUGGCAACCCACCCGCAUUUCUCGAGGCGCUCGCCCGAGAUGAAUUCUUCGCCGACGACUACAUCAGAGCCGUGCGCUUGUACAGCUAUGGAGGAACAGACAUGAAUAACUUCAGGGUUACGAGCUCGAAUGUACAGGCUUUCAACAGGAUGCCCAUGAAGCAGAUGUUGAAAAUCAAGCAUUUCACGCUUGUCAUGAAUACAGACAAGGAGUAA